AUGCCUCGUCUUCCAGCAGACCCCAAUGCGGACUUGUUUGGCAUCGAGUCACUGCUAUGGCGACACAGGAUGGAAAAACAACACCAACUAAUGCUCAAACGUACGCAACAGCGGACAACCAGCUUCCUCUUCAUUCCGGCCCGAUUGCCCAUUAGUUGUCCACGCUGGCCCAUCUCCUUCUCUCUUUUUUUCACUUUCUUUACUUUUUUUUCUUCUCUCCUGUCUUGUCCUCGGCCUCGUGCAUCUGCCUGCCCAUCUUCAUUAGAUACAGCCUGCCUAAUGGGCAUACUGUUUCCAGUUUCGAGGAGACCUACUCGACGACAAAAGCGGACUGGGAGGGGCUACCAGUGCCCAUUAUCAGUUCUGCAGCCUCUCGAGGUUGUCAUGGCAGGGAGCAACAGGGGCCGGAGGCCAUCUUGUGAUUGGGUCAUUCGUCAAUUAGGACGGACAAUCGAGGAUGAACGAUUGCCUGGUUCGAGCCCCGCCGAGGCCGAGUUGAGGCGGGAGAGGCGAGCGGAAAAAGCAGAUGACAUCAUGUCGGGGGAGAGGGGGCGGGAUGAAAAAAACUCAACAAUUCCCCUCGGUUCGGCCAAAACUACUCUUGUCUAG